AUAGACAGCGGAGUGAAGCUUCAUUCGUUCAUUCAGAAUCAUGAUAUCCCGUUGAAAACAAACCGCGAUAUGAUCAUGAUAUUGAAAGCGUUAAACGGCAGCAAUAAUGUUGACCUCCUUCCAUCGUUCAAACACAGAACUCCGCAAUUCAACGACUGGAGUUUUCGAGCGCUUGGUCUGUUUAAAGAUUCGAAAAAAAAUGACAACAGAACUCUGAACAUAGGGAAAGGAAGUACAGCUGCUGCAUUGUCACGACCUUUCGUUGAAUUCAUCGUCGAUAAGCUCAAUUUAACAACUCUUUUGCAACGUUUCGAUACGAUUCAAUACGGCGGUGACGAAUAUGUGAUACCAUCUCUAAAUUCUGAAGAUGCACUUGAUGCUCCAGGUGGUUACACGAUGAAAUGUAUGCAUGUUGAUACUUCCUUCGUUAUGAGGUUCAUUUUGACGCAUAAUUUUCUGAAGAUUGAUUCGAUGCUACAGUUGAUGAUUAAUGCUAUUGGUGUAAAAAACCACUUUCCUAUGCACCCAAUACGUGUGCUGAACCAUGACAAAAAGUAUGCAGUGGAGAACACGCGUCCGUGCUAUAGCAAACGCUAUCGUCAUGGUUUUUGUGUAUUUGGUAUUAAAGAUCUGAAGCUAUUACGUGGAUUAAGAUGCUUAUUCGGUAAUAAGAUGGUACCUGAAAUCGAUUAUGGCGUUAUUUCUUGUUGGGCGAAAGAGCUACACAAUAGAACAUAUCAUCAGCAAAAUCAUACGGUUGAUCUGAAUUUUUAUCCAAACAUGAGAACCGUUGUAUUCAAUAAGGAGAAGCAAAAGUGGCGGUCCAAUAUGAAAGCAUUCAAUUGCACAGGAUGA